CCAUUUGAUUCUCUUCUUCUCUUUAUUUAAUUUGUAUCCUUCUGAUCAUUGAGAAUUCUUGGAAUAUUGAACUCAAAGAAUUUCUAUUUUUUGUGCUGAAAAUUCAGUGUUUGUGGGAAUAGUAUGUAUAAUGCAAGUGAUGGGGUGGGAAGAGGGGGAAAUUAUUUGUAUGAAAAUGAUGGGGUGGUGAUGACAAGAGACCCAAAGCCAAGAUUGAGGUGGACUGCUGAAUUACAUCAACAAUUUGUGGAUGCUGUCACUAAGCUUGGUGGUCCUCAUAAAGCAACUCCUAAAUCAGUACUGAGGUUAAUGGGAUUGAAGGGUUUGACACUAUACCACUUGAAGAGUCAUUUGCAGAAGUAUAGACUUGGACAGCAGGCCAAGAAACAAAAUGCAGCGGAUGCAAACAAAGAGAACAGUGGGGACUCCUCUGGACAAUUUAGUUUGCAUUCCUCAGGCCCCAGUAUCUCUUCAUUAAGUAUGAACUUUAUGCAAGGAGAAGUCCCAAUCGCGGAGACAGUAAUGUGUCAGAAAAGAUUACAGGAGCAGCUUCAGGUGCAACAGAAAUUGCAAAUGAGAAUAGAAGCACAGGGUAAGUAUUUGCAAGCAAUAUUAGAUAAAGCUCAGAAGAGCCUCCCAGUCAACAUGAACUCUCCUAGUGAACCGGAAGCAACAAGAGCUCAUCUCAUUGCUUUCAAUUCACCUCUGUCAAAUUUAAUGGAUUACACCGUACCUGGAGAGAACCGGGACAACAACAUAGAGCUGCCAACGUCUAAUUACAUCGUGGAGAAAGAACAAAAGAUGGAUAUGAAUCUUUAUAAGCUCAAAGAAGAUUCCAUUAAUUUCGAUUUGAACUCUAGAAGUAGCUAUAUAUGA